AUGCCACCCCCUCUCCCAUCAACCCUGCCACAAGCCCAGCCCUCCAUCAGACAUGCCCCCUCCCAUCAAACCUGCCCCAAACCCAGCCCUCCAUCAGACCUUCCCCCCUCCCAUCAGACCUGCACCCCCUCCCAUCAAACCUGCCCCAAACCCAGCCCUCCAUCAGACCUGCCCCCCUCCCAUCAGACCAGCCCCCCUCCCAUCAAACCUGCCCCAAACCCAGCCCUCCAUCAGACCUGCCCCCCCAUCAAACCUGCCCCAAACACAGCCCCCUAUCAAACCUGCCCCAAACCCAGCCCUCCAUCACACCUGCCCCAAACCCAGCCCUCCAUCAGACCUGCCCCCCAUCAAACCUGCCCCAAACCCAGCCCUCCAUCAGACCUGCCCCCCCAUCAAACCUGCCCCAAACCCAGCCCUUCAUCACACCUGCCCCAAACCCAGCCCUCCAUCAGACCUGCCCCCCUCCCAUCACACCUGCCCCAAACCCAGCCCUCCAUCAGACCUGCCCCCCUCCUAUCAAACCUGCCCCAAACCCAGCCCUCCAUCAGACCUGCCCCCCUCCCAUCAGACCUGCCCCCCAUCAAAACUGCCCCAAACCCAGCCCUCCAUCAGACCUGCCCCCACUCCCAUCACACCUGCCCCAAACCCAGCCCUCCAUCAGACCUGCCCCCUCCCAUCAAACCUGCCCCAAACCCAGCCCUCCAUCAGACCUGCCCCCACUCUCAUCAGACCUGCCCCAAACCCAGCCCUCCAACAGACCUGCCCCUCCCAUCAGACCUGCCCCCCAUCAAACCUGCCCCAAACCCAGCCCUCCAUCAGACCUGCCCCCACUCCCAUCAGACCUGCCCCAAACACAGCCCUCCAUCAGACCUGCCUCCCAACAGACAAAAUUCACAAAUUCUACAGCACAAAGCCAGAGUCAUGCCUUAA